CGUCGCGAGACGAUAAAAUGUUCGGAGUACGCGCUGUUGACGGACAUCAAAGGAGGCACGAUGUUUCCGUUGAAAUUAUGAAUCAAUGUAAAUGAGAUUUUUUUGAAGCUGAUACCGAUGAGGUCUCACGAAUACAUUCUUCACUGUGAUUUCCAUCUCAUUAUGCUUUUGAAAAAUUAACGCAGAGCGAGAAAUGUACCGAUUGAGAAUAAAAUUCGGAGAAGCCGAACUAGGAAUGUUGGAUCACUUCGAUUUUUCUCGGACUCGUUAUUUUUAUACCAUUUAUCGUUGGUUUGGGCGUAUGAAAUCCUAGGUCGCUACGCAAGAACUACGCGGUCUGCGGUAUUCGGUGAUAAGGUCUGGAUCGUGAUGCGAUCACGCUCGAGAGCAAUGGUUAUCGCUGGAUGGUGUUAAUAUGUAUGCGCAUGAUCCGAUAAUACUUACGGUUUUUAUGACGCACUAACUUCUGAUAAUCGUAAUACAUCACCUUCUCGGUUUGUCUAGUACACAGUUGAUUGAUUGAGAGAGAUGUGUACCGAAUCUUGAGUUUCUUUCCCGUUGGUGUCACUCUAAUCUCAGUCCAAGUACAGAUAUUACCAACAGAUAGAUAGAGCCCACGGGAUAAUUACGCUCACGCGCAGGUGAAGUUACGAUCAAUCACGUGAUGAGUUUUUUUGUUACUUCGAAAUGAAAGAGAAACAUUGAUCGACCGGUUGGAAUCGAGGAAGUCAGCUCCGUUGGCUGUUGGAUUUUUAGACGUACACGUCAUUACCAGUCAAAGCCGGUACUUGAAACUAGUGGGAUCGACAGAAUGUUGUGGAGGUUCUUCGCUGUUGCUAUUUUCCUGUUCACGGGCAUCGUGGAGCAUGGAGACGGUGCCAGAAUACUCGGUGUAUUUCCCAUACCUUCGAUCAGCCACCAAGUAGUUUUCCGAGGCCUGGCCAAAGCCUUGAAUAAACGCGGUCAUGAGUUGGUUGUUAUCACUACCGAUCCGGUCAGAGAUCCCGCUUUGAAGAACUACACGGAAAUCGACUUACACGUGUUGUACGAGGGCUUCAAGAUAUUCGAUCACGUUAUGCUUCGAGGAGCUAUCAAUUGGGAGGACAAUUUACCGUUAAUGCAUGCUUUAUUUUCUCAACAAACCGAAACCAUCCUCAGUCAUCCGGAGGUGAAAAGAUUGUACUCGCCGGGGAGCGGUGAGAAAUUCGACCUCGUGUUGAUUGAGUUGCUUCUGAGCGGUGCGCUUCUACCUUUGGCCAAACGAUUCGAUGCUCCGAUAAUCGGUAUCACAUCCAUGGGUCUGACGCUUCCUACUCAGUACUCGUUGGGCAUACCCAUUCUAUCUUUGCAUCCGUCAAGCUGGGAACUCGAUAACAGAGACUCCAGCAGCUAUUCGCUAUGGCCAAGGCUCAGUAAUUUCAUCAGGAUGUGGAAAUAUAUUCACUUUCAUCGAACUACUUGGAUACCGGAUAACGAGAGGAUCGCCAAAAAGUAUUUUGGAAACGACGUGCCGAGCAUUGCUGAAAUGGAGAAGAAUAUCUCUUUGAUAUUCGUCAAUCAGCAGGUACCGUUGUCCUUCACCAAACCGACCGUACCCGGUGUCAUACCGAUUGGCGGCUUCCACAUAUCGAAAAAACUCGAACCUUUACCGGAGUCGCUCAGGAAAAUUUUGGAUGAAGCAACUCAGGGUUUCAUUUACAUGAGUCUUGGAACAAAUGUGAAGAGUUUCAUGUUGACCGAUGAAAUGCGAGCUGAAUUCGUCGCCGCGUUUUCGCAACUCCCGUUCAAAGUACUUUGGAAAUUCGACGACGAUGAAUUUCCAAAUAAGCCCGAUAACGUGAUCAUCAUGAAAUGGUUUCCACAACAAGCUAUUCUAGCGCAUCCAAAUUUGAAGGUCUUCGUAUAUCAGGGAGGGCUUCAGAGCACAGAGGAAGCGAUAUCCAACGGGGUUCCGCUUAUCGGUUUACCGGUGAUAGGAGAUCAAGACAUGCAGGUGAAAAAGAUGGUCCAGCUCGGUGUCGCAAAGAUGAUAGAGAUCAAGACAUUGAAAAGAGAAGAAUUAUUAGAAGCGAUACGAACAGUCACGACCGACGGAAGUUACAAGGAGAAUAUGCUGAAUUUGAAAUCUCUGAUUUCGGAUAGACCGAAUGAUCCAUUGGAGAACGCUAUUUGGUGGACUGAGCACGUGAUUCGGCACAGAGGCACUCCGUAUUUGCGUUCAUCUACAGCUGACGACCCGUGGUAUCAGAAAAAUGACAUGGACAUCGUGGCCUUUAUUACCGCCACGUUUACGACAGUUUUAUUCGUAACUUUGAUCGUAUUGUACAAGUGCAUAAUUUACAUGAAUGGCUCGUCCACAAGACGAUCACUUGAUGAGGCUAAAAAGCGAAAUUGAUCCGAAGAAUCGAUCGUUAUCUUUCGGUUGACACGGCCCAUCAAGUCCCAUAUGUAAUUCAAAUUAUCGUACUGAUAAAUCCAAGUCAAACAUAAGAUAAAGACUAACCUUCGUAAGCCA